CUAUGGGGCGCUGCAAUGGGCAGCUCGGGGUAUGGCGUGGAGCAGGGGGGGCUCAGCCGCUUUCUCUAUUGAGCCCGUUUUCCCUAUAGGGGAAGGGCUGAGCUCCCGAUACACGGAGCCUUUAUGGGGGCUGGAGCCGCAGCAUCGCGGCGUUGUCGGCUCCGGUCGGUCCUCCACGGUGCAGGGGGCAGAACCGAGCGGCUGCGACCCGGUGCCUCCGCCUCCUUCCGUGUUCCGCUUCCUGCAGCCGCCGGGCGGGAUGCGACCGGUCCCGGCCGUGGCUCCGCCGUCCGUACAGUGUGUCCCACCUCCCGGCCCGUGAUAGCUGAGCUCAGGCCCUUCAGUGUGGACCUGCCGGCCAUGGGCAGCCACGAGAAGGAUCCAUCAUCUCCCAGGAAGGCGCUGUCACGCUCCAACAGCACCGUGUCUUCCAAGCACAGCAGCAUCCAGCAGGGCUCAGAGAGCUGGGAGGUGGUGGAGGAGCCACGAACACGGGGCAGCCCAGGUCGGGAGCCAGAGAGACAGGAGGGCUACCUGCUGAAGAAGAGGAAAUGGCCCCUGAAGGGCUGGCACAAGAGGUACUUUGUGCUGGAAAAUGGCAUCCUGAAAUAUGCCACCACGCGACAGGAUGUCCUCAAGGGGAAGCUGCACGGUGCCAUCGAUGUCCGUCAGUCUGUCAUGUCUGUCAACAAGAAGGCGCAGAGGGUGGACCUGGAUACAGAGGAGAACAUCUACCACCUCAAGAUCAAAUCUGCAGAGCUCUUUGCCAGCUGGGUGAGCAGCCUCUGCUCCCAUCAUCAAGGGGAGAGUCCAGACCCACUCGCUCCAGCCAGGAGGACCCCCAAUACAGCACAGGGUCCAUGGACACGGAUCAUGCCCUCGGGCAGCGCCCCUGCCCUGUCCACCCUCUCCAGCUCCAGGGACAAGGUGGAUGCGUGGCUGAAGGACAGCGAGGGGCUGGAGCGCUGCUCUGCCGAGCUGUCAGCUUGCCAGGCUCAGCUGCGGGAGCUGACAGAGAUGCUGCAGAGCCUCGAGUCCCUGCACCGUAUCCCCUCCGCGCCCCUCAUCUCCAACACCCAGCCCUCAGCUGCCACAGAGAGGCCCAAGAAGGGUCGGAGGACCACCAGGAUGUGGUGCACUCAGAGCUUCGCCAAGGAUGACACCAUCGGACGGGUGGGGCGGCUGCACGGCUCCGUCCCCAACCUCUCACGCUACCUGGAGCCCAACCAGGGCCAGCUGCCCUUCACUCUGCCUCCUGAGUACAGCCAGCUGCAGCGCAGCUUCUGGGUGCUGGCACAGAAAGUGCAUGGCUCGCUCAGCAGCGUGGUGACAGCACUGACGGCUGAGAGGGCUCGCCUGGAGGACAUGCAGCGGGCAUUGGACCGUCGGCGCUCAGCCCCACAGCCAGGCAGUGCCGGCCCCACUGGGACCCCCCUGCCAGGCCUGGAGCCACGGGACGGGCUGCAGCGCUUCCAUUCGCUCUCAGUUUCCUCUGACACCACCAUGGAUUCCUUUGCCUCAAUACUCCCUGAUGAGCCCGACGUGCUGCCUGCCAAGGGCCGGGAGCAGCAGCGCUCGCAGCGCAGCAUCGCUUCUCUGGCCGACUCACACACCGAGUUCUUCGAUGCCUGUGAGGUGUUCCUCUCUGCCAGCUCCUCUGAGAAUGAGGCGUCAGACGAUGAGUCCUGCAUCAGUGAGGCCACCAACAGUAUUGAUGAGGACCUGACUGAGCCCGGGGGGCCUGGACGUCCACAAACAGGAAUGGAUAGUCUGGGGGGGCUGGUGGAGCUGCCCCAACUGGAGCUGCCAGGGCCGGGAUUGCAGCGUCGGAGCCGUCUGCCUGCCCCCCCUGCACCAGCAGGGGAUGUGAGUCUGUGGGGGCUGCUAAGGAGCAGCGUGGGCAAGGAUCUGUCCCGUGUGGCUCUGCCUGUGCAGCUGAAUGAGCCCCUGAACACCCUACAACGACUGUGUGAGGAGCUGGAGUACAGCGCACUGCUGGACCGCGCUGCACGAGCACGGGACCCCCGGCAGCGCCUGGUCUAUGUGGCUGCUUUUGCUGUGUCUGCCUACGCCUCCACCUUCUACCGUGCGGGCAGCAAACCCUUCAACCCAGUGCUGGGUGAGACCUACGAGUGCGUGCGGCCCGACCGUGGGUUCCGCUUCAUCAGCGAGCAGGUCAGCCAUCACCCCCCCAUCUCCGCCUGCCACGCUGAGUCCGACAACUUCAUCUUCUGGCAAGAUAUGAGAUGGAAGAACAAAUUCUGGGGCAAAUCCUUAGAGAUCGUCCCGGUGGGCACCCCCUCCCCUAUUCAUCCCCAGGCUCGGUAUUGGGGCGCUGGUGCCAACGAGGUUCAGGGCGCGGUGCUGAGCCGCAGCGGGGCCGUAGUGGAGCGGCUGGCAGGGAAAUGGCACGAAGGGCUGUUCCGAGGGCCACCCCCAGGACAAUGCGUCUGGAGAGCCAACCCGAUGCCCCCCGAGCACGAGAGGAAUUACGGCUUCACGCAGUUCGCGUUGGAGCUGAAUGAGCUGACGCCUGAGUUACGCAGGGUGCUGCCCUCCACCGACACGCGUCUGCGGCCGGACCAGCGGUACUUGGAGGAGGGAAACGUGGCGGCCGCUGAGGCUCAGAAGCGGCAGAUUGAGCAGCUGCAGCGGGACAGACGCCGUGUGAUGGAGGAGAACAACAUCACCCACCAGGCUCGAUUCUUCAGGAGAAUGAUGGAUGCCAGUGGCAAGGAGUCGUGGGUGACCAAUAACACCUACUGGAAGCUGCGUCUGGACCCUGGCUUUGCCCACCUGGACAGUGCUGUGCUCUGGUAGCAGCCCCCCAUGGGCUGAGCCCCCCCUGCCCCCAAUUACUGAGGUGCAGAACCCCCCCCCAGCACACCCACCUCCACAGCUGUCUGUGGGCAGGCAGUGCCCGGCCCCAGCAGCUCCCAGCACAAAACUGUGAUUCCAAAAGAAGCAGGGAAUGCCCCCCUCCCCCUGGGUGGGGUGGGGGUCCCGAGGUGCCCGCAGGCGGGCAGCCCCCCCCCCACAGCUGCACAAGCAGCCCUGCUCUAAUAAAGGCUGCAGAGACACUG